AGGAGGUUCGACUCCAAUAAGACAGUUAAUUCCACAUGAUUACAGAAAAUUAGCAACUCAUCUUAAAAGGCACUCACUUAUGUUUGCGGAACAACUUUCCCUUUCGGAUGGGCGUUCUAUGCUAAAUUUCUAUGAUCUAUCGGUUUUUCAGAAUUCGCCCAGAGUCGCAAGUGAACCGGCGUG